AUGCAACUUAUACGGCCUUAUCGUACUCAUGGAGACGAGUACGAAGAACUCGUGGAACAUCUGCAAGAGCCAGCUGGGAAUGAGCGUCGACAGCGGACCUAUGAUCAGCAGAAAAGCCCGGAAAGUUCAAGGACGAUUUUCUGCGACGGGAAGAGGAUGCAGUCUGGCUUGGUACUUGCCCUACCAUUCUACCUCGAGGCAUUAGCCGACUCAAGCGUCUCGCGGAACUUCGGGACUGAAGGGUUUCAAGUCAGACAAAAAGGACAUCAAGGAAGCAUUGGAACCAGUAUUCAGUGUACCGAUCCUAAAGACUUAGCCUUCGCUGGACUCCCCUCCUUCAGCCCGAGUCUCAGGCAAUCGACGGAUUUCUCCAAUCAAGGGCCAACACCUGCAUUGCCUCAGCGAUGUGGCCCAGCCUUGUACAACGCAGGACCUGUUAAUCAACCUGGCAACCUGAAUUUCAUCCUAGCCCAAGAAUAUGGAGCUCCUAUCCGUCAUCACCCGCUCCCAAGACCCAAAGACAAGUCCAACACAACCAUGGAGGCAUCAGCCGAUCUAACGUUCACUAAUCUACCCUCCUGGAUUCCCAACCCCGUGCCCUGGGCCUCCCGAGUCAUCGAGACCCUCUAUUCCUCGGCUGCUCCGUUUUCACGGCAUGCACAAAUCUCAAAAACCAAUCCUAAGAUCUCGUCCGACGGGACUAUUAUCUUCCUCUGUGCAGCAAAACUCAGUCCAAUUGAAAACAUGCGCCGCAAGACGCCACAGCUGAUCAAGGAAACUGGCAUGCCUUUCUGUCUUUUCGCGUGA